AUGCCGCUCUUGGAGAUGUCGGCCAACGUUCAGGAGCCCACUGCGGCCCGUAAACGUAGUCACGAGGAAUAUUCUGGCGACGAAGGCGGUGAAAAUAUUUCGAUGGAGAACAAGACGCCUCCAAACUUUAGUCUGCGGCCAUCAGGCAUUUCUCUUUUGCCACCGACUUCCAACAGCCUGAUCGCUUCCACGCCCCAAGGCUCCCCUGCCCUCACAGAAACUGGUAGCAGUACCGUUGCCGGCAACUCACCCUCGCCCGAAACACCUACCAAGCCAGACGCGGGCGAGCGAGCUACCAACACCGCCGCAUAUUCAGCAAACCCCGCUGUGAAGCGCAAGAAACUAACCCUCGCAGAGAAGGAUGCCCGCGAGAAGGAAGCGAACGAGAAAAAGGAGCAAAAGGAACGCGAGGCCGCACAAAAGAAGAAGGAGCGCGAUGAGAAGAGUGCCCUGAAAGCUGCCGAGAAGGCAAAGCAAGAAGAGGAAAAGGCCGCACGCCAAAAGGAAAGAGACGAAAAGCGCAAGAAAAAGGAGGAAGAGGACAAGGCGAAAGCGGAACUACGGGAGGAGAAGAGGAAGUUGAAGGAGGAAGAGGAGAGACGUGCCCAGGAAGAUAGAGAACGCAAGUCCCGCUCUCAGCCCAAGCUGACUGGUUUCUUCACCAAGCCCAUGACGCCUAAGAAAAUCACGGCCACGUUGGUUUCAAAUUCAAGUCCAGCAAAGGGCGUCGGCAAUACGUCAAACGGCGAGCCCGCGCCGAAAGGAUACAGAGACAUGUUCUUGCCAUUUUUCAUGACACAACACACUCAAAUGGCCCCCAAUGCCUGUCAAAUGGACGAGGAGACCCGCGAAGCAAAGUCGAAAAUACUGGACGAGUUCAUUGCAGCAGAGCGCAGAGCCGAUGUUGCGUUUGACCCCGUAUCUCUGUUUGGACUACUUGGUGCGGGCAAACCUCGUGGGAAACAGCACCGCUCGGUGCGUCAUAUUAUGGAAGCAGCGUACAAGGGAAUGGAGCAUUCUGGUAAUGCUGCAUCGCCGGAGGUUCUAAAAGCUGCUCGAAAGAAGCUUGUUGGAAUUCCUGUCAAAGUCAUUGCUUUUGCGCGAGAUGUUCGGCCCCCAUAUUACGGUACUCUCACUCGUCUACCACUUGGUCCUGGCCAAGAUAAUAUGAAAAGAGUAGCGCGUCGUUCUGCGAGCCGACGUCUGCAACUAGAUUAUGACUAUGACUCAGAGGCCGAGUGGCAGGAAGAGGAAGGCGAGGACCUGGAUGCCGAAGAUGACGACGAAGAAAUGGACGACGAGGACGACAUGGAUGGGUUCCUUGAUGAUUCCGAAGAUUCCGGCCUCACGCGCCGCACAUUCGGAAGUACUCUGGAGCCCGAAACCACUGGCAUCUGUUUUGAAAACGAGAGCCAAAAGACAUGCAGCCAAGCUGCGACAGAGAAUAAAAUGGAAAUGAUCCUAGGUAUGCUAUUGACCCCUACUUCAGCUGUCUUUCUCUAUUUGCUGAACCUGCCAGACAUUUUCUACCAAACCGCCAGCAUUGAUCCCUUUGCGACCUCAUAUUGGGAACCAGAACCUAAACAGACACCAACAACGGGCAAGAACAUGCCACCUCCGCCAGCACCCGCCAAUGCAUUUGCCGCUCUGAGUGGUGGAAGUGCAGACAGCGCGCCGGUAAGGCUGGUCAAACCAGAGCUUAUCAACGAUGUGAAGAAAGCCAUUUUGGAAAAUAAAGCGCUCUCGAAGGUCGGCAUUAUCGAUUUCAUCUAUCAGCACUUUCGUGACAGAGUGUCUCGCAUAGAAGUGAAGAACACUCUGGAGCUUGUUGCUGAAAAGAGGGGGACAGGGAAGCUGAAGGAGUGGGAUUUGAAGCCGGGGCACGAGAUGACUCUGUAA